AUGCCUGCAGUAAACGGCACCUCGGGCGAAGGAUGCGCGCAGAACUUGGAGGAGCGAAAAGCUGUGGCGGAGGCGUGGAUGCAGUGCCGGCCCGCGGGCCAAACCAUCGUGGUGCAGGUGGGCGGAGGACCGCUGCCAGAUGUGCUCGCUUUGGCGAAGCACGCUGAGAGCCUCAAAGUGGACGGAAUCAUGUGUCUUCACGACUUGUUCUUCCGGCCGGCCAACGUCGAGCAACUGGUGCAAUACUUGGCCCUGGUCAGCGCUGCUGCCCCUAACACGCCGCUUUUCUACUACCAUUUGCCCGGUUUCACUGGAGUCAAUUUGAGCAUGAGUUCCUUGCUGGAGAAAUGUGCAGCAGAGGGCAAGGUGCCAACCUUCGCCGGACUAAAGUUUACGAGUUCCGAUUUGCAAGAGCUGGCCAAAUGCGUGCAGGUGAUCAAAAGGUACAGCGACAAGAAUUUCCGCGUCUUCCUAGGCUGUGAUGACCUGUUGCUGCCGGCAUACACGCUGGGUUCAAUCUCCGCCAUCGGCACCACGUUCAACAUAUUCCCCGAGGCAACUUUAAGGCUGGAAAGAAUGUUGCACCAGGGUGACUUUAAGAAGGCGGCCAGGGCGCAGGAAGCUCUCUCGAAAGUCGUCAACCUCAUCACUGAGAAUGGACUGCGGCCGUGGGUACCGUGGAUGAAGGCGGCGAUGAGAGCGAGCACGGCCAUCCAAGUCGGCCCGACCCGCAAUCCUCAGAGCAGCCGCGAGGAGAUCCCCGCCGCCGUCAGCGCUCAAAUCAAUAGCAUUCUCACCGAAGCUAUGCAAUGA